CAAGCUCACGAAAACGAAGCCAUGGCCGAUGCCGUUCGUGAGUAUACAGUAGAGAUUUUUGCUAUAGUACAACGCAUCCAAAAUGAUCUCGAAGCGGCUGCUGCUGCGACAUGUGGGCAACCUAUAGUGGUUUCAAAACGAUUGUGGUGCACGGGGGAACGGAUGUGUCACAAAACAUGCAUGUUGCAAGUAUGGUAUCGAGAGACUGGCGACGAGAUGUUUCAGGAAAGGGCAAGAGUCUGCGGUGGAAGGUGUAUGGCAUGGGACAUCUUGUCUCCAGAGAGUUUAACAGACGACGCAGAACAGUGGAAUGGCCACUUUUUCCGACAUUGUAGAGAUGUUGUUGGUGUUCGCCUGGGCUAUCACGACCCUCGGUGCCCUCUUCGGGAAGAGCGAAACACUAGCAACCACAAGGUUCGAAUCAAAAAUUGUGAAAAACCCGUCCUUGACACCAGGCAGGCGCAAUGGAUUCGGAAAGUUCAAGCGACUUUGUCAGGAAUUGAAAAGUUCACGGCUAUGCAAACAACCGACUUCCUGAAAAUGUCCUUGAGGGUGGAGUGUAUUCUUCAUGUCCUCAAAGCGCACGCCUGGGGUUCAUCGGGCUGCGCUGCCCAGCACGUGGUGGAUCCAUUCAAUGUUUCCCCGCUUACCGUCCAUUGUCAGAGGAAGGGCGAUUCCUUUAGCGUGACCAGGGCACUCCAGCAUGUCCGACGGGAGCUCCUCACUUUGUUUGAAGUGCUCUCCACGGCAGUGGUUUUGGGUGGCCGAUUCUCCGCGAAGGGCUGUGCGCUUUUGCCGGUGCCGCUGAUCAGCAGGCCUGGUGAAGAGGAGGACGUUACUGAGAGUCUUCCGCAAAGCAGGAGGAUGUGACCAUGGAAAUUGAGCACGUGGAUCCCCCCAGUGUGAUUCCGCCUGCAGAAGCGCAAAAGAUCGUGGACGUGCAGCAUGCGGGCUUCAUUGAGCGCAACCUGGGUGCUGCAGCGGACACUUCUGCGGAAUACGGGGCGGAAGAGAUCAAGAUGAUUGGACACGUCAACCGAAACACGAAAGAACUACGAGAGCUCUUCUUUACAGGAGAACCUUUGAAGCAGUGCCGUGAGGAACUUGCUCGUCGCAACCUUCCUGUGAGGUUAGAUAGUGGAUGCCUGGUCUUUGUAAAGCCAUGGCAGCAUGAGGAGGUGGUGAAGGCAAUUGCUCAGAGGGAUGAUAUCACCGCAUCCCACAUCAUCUUCAGCAGUUCAUUUCAGAGCGAGGUGGACAGAACAUUUCAUUUGGCUCAGACGCAGGGCAUCUCUGGAGCGUGGUUUCGUUCGGCCACUCCGCUGCCGCCGAAGGCGGUCUCGUCCACUGAGAGCUCCGGUGCGCGAGAUGAGGAGGCCAGCAUCGACGGGGUCUUUGAGUGUCGGCAGACUUUCAUGACAUGGAGGCCAAUCCAACCAAGAGUUGCAGUCACAGAGUCCACCACGGAUUCACGCAAGGCCGAGAACCCUCGGCGCUCGGUUUACCAAAGAAGGGCCGGUCAAUGAAUUCAUCAUGUUCAGUUCUUUUCAGGCACUUGCAAAGAAGUGUGCAGCUCUGACGCAGUUAGGGAAGCAUCGGACUGAGUGCCGCCCGAGGCUUGACGCUUUGGUCGCCGGGCAAAUUGCAUUGUUUUGGUGGGCGAAGCAGCUAUGCAAGUCCCAUCGGCCCUUUUCGUGGGCGAAGCAGCCAUGCAAGACCCACCGUGUACAGACAAAGACUUGCCAAGCUGAGAAACGUCCAUAACUGAGUUGUUGCAUGAGGUGGACAUGUUCAUUUUCAGUAACUGAGUCAUACUUGGAACACUGGCGUCCAUGACGCCCAAACCUGG